AUGGCGCGGCCGGGCGACGAGGAGCGCGCGGCGGGGGCGCCGGGCGGGGGCCGCCUGGCGGGGCCGGCGGGCGCGGGCGCGGGCGCGGGACCCCCGGGCGAGGACACGCGCGCGCGGCUGCUCCCCGACGCGCAGGGGCCCCGCACGGCGCUGACGCCGCGGCGCUUCGUGGUGCUGCUGCUCUUCAGCCUGUCGUCGCUGGUGAACGCCUUCCAGUGGAUCCACUACAGCAUCAUCAGCAACGUGUUCGAGGGCUUCUACGGCGUGGACGCGCUGCACGUGGACGGGCUCUCGCUGGCCUACAUGCUGGCCUACGUGCCGCUCGUGCUGCCGGCCAGCUGGCUGCUGCAGGCGCGCGGGCUGCGGCCGAGCGCGCUGCUGGGCGCGGGCCUCAACUGCCUGGGCGCCUGGGCCAAGUGCGCCAGCGCGCACCCGCGCCGCUUCUGGGUCACCGCGCUGGGCCAGGUCCUGUGCGCCGUGGCGCAGGUCUUCAUCCUGGGCCUGCCCUCCCGCCUCGCCUCCGUGUGGUUCGGGCCCAAGGAGGUGUCCACGGCCUGCGCCACCGCCGUGCUGGGCAACCAGCUCGGGACUGCAAUCGGCUUUUUGCUGCCUCCAGUCUUGGUGCCCAACACGCAAAAUGACACAGAGCUCCUGGCUUCCAACAUCAGCACCAUGUUCUACGGGACUGCGGCGGUCUCCACCUUCCUGUUUAUCCUAACAGUGAUCGCUUUCAAAGAGAAGCCGCGAUACCCUCCGAGCCAGGCACAGGCCGCCCUCCAGAACAGCCCCCCAGAGUCGUUCUCGUACGCACAGUCCAUCCGGAGCCUGUUCAGAAAUGCGCCUUUCGUCCUGCUGCUGGUCAGUUACGGCAUCAUGACCGGCGCCUUCUACUCCGUGUCUACGUUACUGAAUCAGAUGAUCCUGACCUACUACAAGGGCCAAGAAGUGAACGCCGGGAGGAUCGGGCUGACGCUGGUUGUGGCGGGCAUGGUGGGCUCUAUUCUCUGCGGUCUGUGGCUGGAUCACACCAAAACCUACAAGCAGACCACUCUGACUGUCUACAUCUUGUCCUUCGCUGGGAUGCUGGUCUUCACCUUCACCUUGAACCUGGGCUGCUCCAUAGCUGUGGUGUUCGUGACUGGAGGGGUGCUGGGUUUCUUCAUGACAGGUUACCUCCCGCUGGGCUUUGAGUUUGCCGUGGAAAUCACUUACCCAGAACCCGAGGGCACCUCCUCUGGCCUGCUCAACGCUGCUGCCCAGGUCUUCGGGAUCUUGUUUACCUUGGCCCAGGGGAAGCUCACGACCACCUACAACCCUCAGGUUGGGAACAUUUUCCUGUGUGCCUGGAUUUUCGUGGGCGUCAUCCUGACGGCGCUAAUCAAGUCUGACCUGAGAAGACACAACAUAAAUGUCGGGGUCCCAAACGGCGACGUGAAGGCGGUUCCAGUGGACAGCCCCUCAGAGCCCGAGCCCGUGGUGAAGCCCAAGCCCGUGGUGAAGCCCGAGCAGGUGGAAGCCACGGUGUGAGGGGGACGAGAAGCCAGGGGCCCGCGGGAGUCCCGUGCUGGGGCGUUGCCAUCGCCAGCAGGGCCUCGCUCCUGCCACUGCCACGUUCUUCCUCUCGGGUGCCCCCUUGGGGGGUGACUGGGGGCAGAGAGAUCAUGCAGUAGGGAGGGCUGGCCUAGCAUAGGACCGACCGGGAUUCAGUCCCCAGCACCACACAGGGGGCCCUGAGCACGGAGCCAGGGAUCGACCCAGACCAUCACUGCGUGUGGCCCCAAGACAAAUGAGAAGUGAAGCUGGCGCUCGGGAGAUGAGCUCUGGGUGCACACCGCUGAGAGACUGGCGCAUGGAGCCUCACGCAGGCCUUUUCUCCCCACCUCUCCUGGGGCAGGCGUUCCUGUGUGGAUGCACCCCAGGCCCCGAGCAGUGCCCCCCACUUUGCUCUGACACCUGCCCGUUCCCCCCAUUUCCUGACCAGGCUGUGAGCUGAAGGACGGGUAGCAUUUGGCUCCCCAAACAGUCCCCAUGGGCUUCCUGGUACCUGGUACCAAUGGCGUUCACACCAGUAGGCCACCUCCAUGACAUCGGCCCUGGACGUCAGAUCAGCUAAGGGACAGGCCCUGAAUUCAUCCCGUGUCCUUCCCGUCACAAUCUAACACUUUUUCCACUCUAACUUAGAACUGAGUCUUCUUGUACCCAUGCCUGACAGAGAACCUUCUAGUAAGAGAGUGGCAUCCCUGCUGGCAGGCCUGUUGCCUCAUACUCUCUGGCCUGGAAGAUUCCUGAGCUCACGGAUCUCAGCACCCAAGUCUGGGUGUCUGGAGCUGCCACCUCUGGAGCAAGGGCACCCUCCACCUGGUGCCCACUGUCCCCCUGCUGGGUGUGUCUGCACAGUGCCUCCCUGGACAUCUAGACCCUAACUGUCCCCGGCCCUGUCCCCAGUGGCAGCUCUGAUAGUGCAUCCCAAACAUAAGAACAGCCUGGCAGGUGUUCUUCAGAAUAGCCCUGGCAUGGUUCUGCUUGGGACUAGGAUGUGCCUUGAUUUACCUGGAAUUGCUAUGUUCCCUGCAAUACCAUGGCUUGUCAGGACUCUGUGGGGAACCAGGGCCAGGCUGCCUAGUGCCCAGAGAAGUUUUCUGCUGUCCCUCCAGCUGCCACUUUUGUCCCCGUUCAUGUGGUUCCAUUUGGCCUCAGACAGCCUUUCCGGAUCUUCAGUGUGUCCAGCCUAGACUGGCCCAAACACCCAGCCCAGCUUUGGACACUGGCACCUGGCCUGAGGACAUGUCCACUCAGCUAGGAAGCCUCCAUAGCUGUCCUUGUGUGGACAUGGCCUUUUCAGUCUUUCUCAUUUUUUUUUUUUAAGUUUUUUGUGUAUGUGUGGGUGGGGUAGUAGUCACACCCGGCGACGCUCAGGGUUACUCCUGGCUCUGCACUCAGGAAUCACUCCUGAUAUUGCUCAGGGGACCAUAUGGGAUGCUGGGGAUCGAACCCGGGUCAGGCGUGUGCGAGGCAAACGCCCUACCUGCUGUACUAUUGCCCUGGCCCAUUUUUAGCCUCUUACUUUCAGAUGGAUCAUGCUCAAUCACUGAUUCCUUUAUUUAUUUUCAUCCUAAGUUUUUUGGGCCAAAAAGAAAAAUGUUAAGGUUCCUUCUCUAUAGUCUCUCAGUAUGUGUACUUUAUUUUUUUAAACUGUCUGUGUUAUUUAAAAUAAUUAUGUGCCGUAAGUCCCUGUGGCUUGAACAGAUCAUGGGUGCGGGUUGGAGCUUUAGUUCUGAGAAGCACACGCAAGUGUGCCCUGUGCGUUUCCCAGUGUUGGAAGUGUGAACAUGAUGAACACAUGGCGAGCUGGGAGGUCUGCUUGUGCUGACGGCGUGCCUGCAGGUGCAGUGUGAGCAGAGCUGUCACUUCCUGGGGCUGCACCCUGGGGAGCUUGGGGCCCAGGUGGUGCCGGGGAUCACACCUGGUUCUGUCCUUGGGCCACGUCGCUGGCCUCUGCCCGUGUGGUUUCUGAUCUGAUGACUUAGAGGGGAACUGCUGUCCCCCAGGCGCUGCAUUUGCUGGCACUGCAGCUCCAGCUUCGCUGGUGGAUGCCAGAGGAAACGCCUUUCAAACUGUGUCUGGGUGUCGUUUUGCCAGGGUGCAUGUGUCAGUCUUUGUGUUCUGAUUUUGAUUCUUUGUACUG